AUGUGGUCUACAGGCAGCCUAAGACUGGGCAUAGUGGGUGUUAGAAGGUGCGUUCCAAAAUUGAUUAAAGCCAAUAAUUACUCUCCACUUCUUAAUGUUAGUUUUAAAAAAUAUUAUAGUACCGAAGUUCAAGCUAAGAAGUCACCUGUGAUUGGUACCAUCAAAGCGGCUGGUCUGGAGAUAACCAAACCUCCGUUGACUGAUGCAAGAAGCGUGUUUUCUGAGAAAGAAUUGGAAGAAGCCAGAAUAAAUAGAUUGAAGGGAUUGGGAAUUUUGACCAAAUUCCCUGAAAAAUGGAUACCUUACAUGGAGCUCAUGAGAAUUGAAAAGCCAAUAGGUACUUUAUUGCUUCUCUCGCCAUGUAUGUGGUCUAUCACUAUGGCUGCAUAUAUGACCUCUGCCCCACUGUUAUCAACUCUUUGGAUGCUGUCAGUUUUCUCGGUAGGCGCAUUUGUUAUGAGAGGUGCUGGCUGUACCGUGAAUGAUAUGUGGGAUAGAAACUUGGACAACAAAGUUGCAAGAACCACCGAAAGACCAAUUACAUCCGGUAGAGUCUCCAUGCCACAGGCUUGGACAUUCCUUGGAGCGCAAUUGGCUGUUGGUUUGGUUGUUUUAUUACAGUUACCUUUAGACUGCUUCCUACUUGGUGCUUCAUCUCUUUUAUUAGUGAUGACUUACCCAUUUUUCAAGAGAGUUACCUAUUAUCCACAGGUUGUUCUAAGUGCAUGCUUUAAUUGGGGGGCUUUAUUAGGUUUCCCUGCAAUGGGUGUUUGGAACUGGCCAGUAAUGAUUCCACUUUAUCUAUCUGGAUUUUUCUGGUGUAUGACUUAUGAUACCAUAUAUGCACACCAAGACAAGAAAUUUGAUGUUAAUGUGGGAAUAAAAUCUACUGCAUUAGCCUGGGGCAAUUCAACCAAGAAAAUCUGUUACGGUAUGUCUGUUGCACAGAUGGGUUGUUACGUUACAAGUGGCUUCUUAGCCGGCAUGGGUCCUUUCUUCUAUCUUGGCGCUCUUGCUGGUGGUUACAGGUUGUUCAAUAUGAUUAAGAAAGUUGAUUUAGACAACCCUGCGAACUGUUGGAUGUGGUUCAAAGAAAACAUAAAUACCGGACACGUCUUCUGGUUGGGUAUUUUACUUGACUAUCUUUGGAAACUCUUCUUCUGA